AUGCCCGUGGCACUUCCCCGUCAUCGUUCUCUCACUCUCUGCUCGAAUAAGGCACCCGUUUGUCUACGGACUGCUAUACAUCGAGCAAACGGCAACAAUGCCGUUCAGCUUCGAACAUUGUGGUGGUGGGGCCGUCAUGCUGGAGAAUGGUCGUCCAGCAUGGACGAGCAACUCGAAGAUGUCAGAAGACACCAGAAGGUUAUGAGGUCUCGAUACUCGAAGAUAUUGCGCAGAAGAGCAUCAUGGGAUAGAGAAGAUAGCCCUCAUUGGCCAUUUCGUAUGCCGGGCCGAUUCUGGUCGAGCAGAUACGCUCCUUACAAGCAACCAUUGUCUACGAGUCCAUCGGAAGGGAAAUCCAAUCCAGAAGAGCAUGAAUCCCAUUUACAUCACAAUCAGGAUAUCCAUGAAACCGUGCACAAAGACUUUGGGUCGUUUCGAGCCGCUGUCGACCGUGCUAUUGAAAAGGAUCCUUAUGGAACGCUAUUUGGUAGACGAUUGCAAAGUUCCCCGUCGAUGCAGACCUCCUCCUGGACCGCGUUCUCUUGGAUGUCGAAACAGAGUGAAGCCAAGGAGAAGAACAACUCCGAUGCUUCAACACCUAGCUCGGAAGACCUCGACCAAAACACUAAUAGUACUUGUUCGGCUUCGGUAACUAGUCCGGCAGGCGGAAAGCAAACCAACUCUGAUGGCGAAGUGGACUACCAAUACGACCCAAUUUCGAUGAGAAAGGUGCCCAUCAAGAAGGCAGUCCCAGAACCACAACCGAAGAAACCAUUCUUGGAGACUUCAUACUCAGAACCUGAGGCUGACAUCCCGGUGAAAACUUACAGACCUCACCAAGUAUAUGGUUAUGGCGACUCGAACAAGAAAUCCGAAGAGUCGACAACCGAGAAGACAUCGGCCGCUAUUAGCCAAGGCUUCGAUGACUCCAGAAAGCAAGUGUUCCAAGGUCCAAUGACAAGGGCCGAGGGAAACGGCAUGGGCACAGCAACUCGGUUCACCGAAGUUGGCUCCAAACGGACCAUAGAAGAAGAUGCCGACGAAUCAAAUACAUCUGAGAAGACUCGAGAGUCCCCAGAGCCAGAUGACAGCAGCGCGUUAUUCUCAGGGACCACGUAUGAAGCAAAGUUUAACAAGAAAGGAGAGGACACUCCAACCAAAUCAGACUGGCUGGUUAAAGAAGGCUUCCAGUCCCAGAAUGAGAGCUCCCAACCGUCUACUGCUGCCAAAGACUCGUCGGUUGAAAUUCCUGUCCAGAAAUUCCCAAACAAGCUUGAGCCAGCAUUAGAUCGAAUUGAGGCAAGUUCUAUGAAGGAGUCGAAGGAGCCGCUCAAAUUGCAGACAGCUCUUGAUCGUCAGAUGUCAACACCGAAGCCAAUGGGGGAAGAAACCAAGAGACGCUCACCAGAUGUGAGGGCCUUGAAAUUUCCGUCCGAAACAAGAGACGAAGAUGUGGACCUUCUUCGCGCGAGCGAUGUACGUGCAGCUACAAAAACCUCAAGAGUAACGAAGCAAGAGAGAGAAAAGGAGGAUGAAGACGAAAGGGCGAGACUCGAAACCGAUUUUACUGCCCGGCAGAACCACAAAAUAGACAUCGACGACGUCUCGUCGAAGAAGACAGAGGGUCCAAGAAGCAAGUUUACCAAAGGUAUUAAGACUGUCCUGGACCAUAUUCGUGACUAUCCAAAUGGGAUAGUAGCGAAAACCAUGAAGUCGAUGAGUGCUCUCAACAGCAACUACAAGAAAUAUGUACGACCUGAAAACGCAAAGGAUUUGACCAAAAAGCUCGUCUUCGAAGAUGAGUCUUUGAGCAAGACACCCUCGAUCUACAAAAGUACGGCGAAGGCUCCAAAUUUCAUUGCAAAUUCGCCCGAAGUUUCCGAUGAUAUGGAGGAGAUUGAUGAACGGAGAAGUUCUUUGCGGGAAGCGACAGAGAAAUCGAAGAAGGAUGCCGAAAUACAAAAUGCGAAACUUUCUCGACUGGCUAGCGACAUCAAAUCUGUUUAUGAGAGCGAAUACGGCCCUAUCGAUCCCAAUCAUCGACAACCAGUCCCAACACCCACCAAACUUGGCCCUGAUGAUGCGAGCACCUCUGAUUCCACUUCCAAUUUGACAGACACUUCAAAACCUCAUCCGCUACUCAGUGCAAGUGUCAAACCAGGAAUUUCUACAAAUCCAGUGAUUGAUAACCACGUUCAAAACUUCGAACCAAAACUCGCCCGGCUGGUUGAUGAGGCUAAAACAGUUGUGUCGCAGAUUCGAGAAGUCGACGAGUCUCUGAAGCAAAUCCGCCCCCCUUUGUCGCCAUCUCCCAACUUGGGCUCAAUCAUCGAUGGCACGAAAGAAUUAAGGCGGGAGCUUCACGAAACUCAAUUGGCCAUACGAGCAAUUGAAAAUGGCAGACCGGAGACCGUCUGGAAUGUUCCACAUUCGUCCAGCUCGAACUUUGGCAAGAAGAGAAUCGAUCUGAAAGCCCAGGAAGCCUCGACUGCCGCGACCGAGCCGGCAGAUAAUCUUCGUAAGGAUGUUUCAAUCGAACCCAAUGAGAGCCAGACCUCAUUAGAAGAUUCAGUGGACCAGGAAAAGGGCCAGAAAGUACCGGAACCGUUCGUCACACCUCCGGGAUCUCCUGCCUGGAAUGACGAACUGCCUCCCCCUAUCGAAACGCUUCGGAGCGGAAAAUUCGAUUCGCUCUACCUCAUUCUGGCGUUUAAUCCAUCAACGGGGAAAGUAGAGUUCUCGCCGAUGAACGAACCAAUACAGUCCAUGCACAAACCAGGUAAUGCUCUCGGCGUCUUGGGAAGACUCAACAAUGCCGCCGAAUAUCUCAAACAUUUCACCACUCUUAAGCGAGCAGGAUAUUCAUUAUUCAACGGCGGAGAAAAUAUGCUUAUUUUCAAAAAGAAACAAGCUGACCCUGGCGAGGCUGCACGCGCAAUUGCCUUUAGGAAUGCAAUGGACACCAAGCCGACAGAAGAAGGAAAAUCUACACCUCCUACUACCGCUGACGACAACACCCUUGAACCACCGAGCAAAGAGGCCGCCAAGGUUCUCGAUGAACUGCCAGCAGAGGUCGAUCCAACUCCGGGACCGGCAGCACCCACAGCGCCUCCUUCUCGUCCAUUUGGAAAUUACGGAGAACAGCCUAAGGUCCGAAGACAAGAAAAUGUAUUUUCUGGAACGAUUCGUCCAAACACUACCUCCUCGUCCUUGACACCAUCGGAUGACGAAGGAUCAAUGCCGUUCUCUGACACGGAUAUCUCAAAGGGGCAGAAAGACAGUCUGUGGAAGAGGUUAAUCAUCGGAGUUAAAAGGACAGUUUUGACGGUCGUUGCUCUUGGGAGUGCCGCGUAUACCAUCGGCUUCAUCGCUGAGGGAAUGGGCGCUGAGGCCCAAAAAUACAAGGGGAGUGAAGAGGCUCAAGCUCAAGGACCGAGGAAGAGAGUUGUGAUGACAGGUCAACGACCAGGGAUCUUCAGCACUGAGAGUUCGAGGUGA